AUGGCUAAGGAAGGAAAGACCAGUGAAGAGUUUCAUGCAAAGCAAGCGCAGAGUGAAGCUACCGCGGCCAGGGUGAAGCAUGAGGAAGAUAAGAGACAGACGCACAGCAUUGAAAUUGACGGGUGCCACGCUUUACCCCAACGUCUGAUGGAUCCCAUUGAUGGGACAUCUUCGAGUUCGGAGACAAUGGAAGACGUCGACGUCUUCGACGCUCUCAGCUCUUUAGAUGAGCAAAAUAGAGAUAGUGGCGAGGAUGACAUCGAGCUCGACUUCGAACUGACAAAUGAAGACAAUUUGAAUCCCUUCGAAGACUUAGACGAAGAGAUAAGCAAGUUUAGCAAGCCGUCAUUCGAAAUUCUAUUUGGAGUGCAUUCGUCGUCACACCCCUCACCAUGUCCUCAGACUACUAUGCAUUCUUCACUGCCGCAGCGAGAGCUAACGCCAGCUCAUCUUACCGAUACGAAACCAAAACAUCUGGAACUGGAGCCAGAGUCUAAAUGGACCUCACACAUGCAAUUUAUUGCCUUCCACGCCACAGCUGGCAAGAUCGCAGAAGAGUAUCUCAAAGGCAAAGGCGUGAAGCUUCAUAGCCGGUUAGCUCGUAGUAGAAAGAUAUAG